CCCAUCUCUUCAUCUAGCUUUCCCAAUCCACCGUCCAUCAGCCACCAUGAAGUACCUCAUCACCACCCUCGCGGCAACGGCAGCUCUCCUGAGCGCCGUCACCGCCGACUUCGAGAUCUACCGCGUAGGCAUCGGCGGUAACGGAAUCACUGCAAACGUUGAAGGCUGGCAAGUCUAUCAAGACGAAGCCAACUGCGACACUGUGUUAGAUUGGAUAUGGCCCGACACUGACGACGCGAGUGGCCGUGGCGUCCGCUGCGAAGGCGACGGCUGCGGCCGUGCUGACGACGAUGAUCCUGCUAACAUUGAGGUUUUGGAGAUGAAUUUCGAGGGGUAUCACUGGACUUACUACCGCGACCGCAACGGAGGCGACCUGGUCGACACGAAUGACGUCCCCGUUGGAAAGUGCUAUCCAUUCCCUGCGGCGUUCCUGGAAUGCGGCUUGACCGUUUCCAGAUUGGAGGGUUACCGAAAGCUACGCUGUGACGGGAUUGAUGUCAGCGCUGAGCAGAUCAACUCCAAUCGCUUCAGCUUCAGGGGCCGCAGCUUGCCCGGGCGCAAAUAA